GCGGCCGGGAAGCGAAAGCGAAAGGCGGCCCCGGGAGGGCUCGGGAGGUGUCUGAGGAGCCGCCCGCAGCUGCCGGAGCCCCCGGUCUCGCCCCCAGCCCGUCCCCGGCCGUGUCCAUCGGGAGGAAACUGUACAGAAGUCUCUGAAUUUUGGCUGCUUCAUCCAAACCUGAAAGGGAUUCCAUAAGCUCUGUUUCAAGGCUCUGAGUGAAACAAGUUCGGCGGCGUGGGGUGAGAAUCACGGGGAGAUUCCCGGGUUUCCAUGGAUGUUACAAGCCCCCCGUUAUCUCUGCAAGACAAUGGGUUUAGCGUGGUACCCGCUGAUCCACUUGGAGCAUCCAGGGAAGACACGGAAAAACUUAAGGAGGAGCUGAAGAUGUGGAAGAAAAGAGUUGAAGAGGCUGAAAAUGUCAAAGUUAACCUUCUUCUCGCCAAAUUAACUGCUGAUGCAGAGUGUGACAGAGCGGAGAAGGAGCUGACAGAGAUGAAGGAGCAAGAGAAACGGCGUAAGGACAGAAUUUUCAUCUUUGAGCAAGAACUCCUUCUGCUAAACCAAGAAAAAACUGAGCUGAAGAAAGAGAUCGAAAAGCUCAAAGAAGACCUGGAAGAACACAGUUCCAAGGAUAAUCUGAUUGAAAAGAAGGUGGCAGAAAUGCAGCUGAAGUUCACUCACCUGGAAGAGGUGAGGGAUGACGGGGCGGAUGUGGAUAUGAACACCCGCGGUGUUUUUGGGGCAGCCACAGAAAUCCCCUUCAGACUCAACCAGAACCAGGCACUGCUGACUUUUGAGGAUAAGGAAGUUGCCCAGAGGCUGACAAAGAUGGGCAAGCACUGUGUGAAACUGGACAACACAACAGCAAAUGUGACCGUGAAGCCUUUUGAACUUGACAGGGGAUUCCAGUUCGAGCUCCAUGUCACUGUCUCUGGAAAGAAGAUCAGCGUUUCAGAAAUCCCUGAGCUUCCCAUUCCUAAAGAUUGGGUGAGAGACAAACUUGAGCUGCAUUUCUACAAAGCUAAGCAGGCAGCAGGAGGAGGAGAAAUAGAAGAUGUGACCUACAGCAAGGGCUCUGGGACAGCUGUCAUCACAUUCCUCAAACCUGGAGCAAGCAACAAGUUUGUGGGAUGCACUAAAUACCCUUUCUACGCAGAAGGAAGGAUGUUCAACCUUUCUGUCUCCCCACAUUUUGAUUUUCACUUGAGGAAGUUUCAGCUGUACCACAGGGUUUCUGAGAAGACCAUUCUGCUGAAAGGAAUCCCAGAGGUGGAAGAGGAUGACGAAACCGUGCAGGACAUGAUCGAAAUUCACUUCCAAAAGCCGAGCAACGGCGGGGGGGAGAUAGAGAAAAUCCAAUACAUCUCCAGAGGAGCAGCCUAUGUUUGUUUUGAGGAGGAUGCUGAGAGUGCCACCUCGUGAGGCUCUGAGGUUGUGUUCCUCAGAGGCACGGGGAUUUUUGUAGGUGCCGUGUUUUAGUGUUCUGAAAUCGAUACUGGAAAAGAGGAAUCCCUGCCUUUCUGUCUCGUGGCACUGACUUUGCACAGGGAGUCAGCAAAACUUCCUGCCUGUGGUGCAGAUUAAAGGCACAGACCAAGCCUUAGCAGCCCCUGGAGCAUCUCAGAUCUCCUGGAACUUUGCAUAUUUUAUACCUUGCAGAUUUUAAAACAAUCCAGAGGGGGAUGAGUGGAUCAUUCCAUACAUUCUGGAUACAAAAGCAAUAUUUAAUGCCAAGGCAAGCCUCCUCGCAGUCCUGCUCUGUUGAUGUUCCGGAGCUUCAGAAGGUGGCUCUGACACAACUCCAGUCCUGCUGAGGUUGCUGAGUGCCCCCAGGACUCAAACACCUGAAAGAUUCCUGUGAUUUCAGAAAAGCCACCUUAUCAAAUUAAUGACUGAAUUAAAAUAGAAAAUGGGGAGGCAGCAAAACCAAGAAAUUGCACUUAAGAAAUGCCCUGGCAUUUGCUGCCUUUAGCAGCUUUAUUGUUCGAUUUUAAUACUUGUUUCUGCAAUUUAAUUUUUCCUCCUUUUUGUUCAUGAUUUUGGUUAUUUUAAACUGUUGCAGUCAAGGAUUGAGCUGAUGCUGUGCCUGGAUUUGUAACCAUGCUGAGGGAACAGCCCUGGGGGAUCUGAUGGUCCCAGGCUGGGGCUGCGAGGGCUUGGAGAGAGUAAUUUUCCAAGGAGGAGUGUUUUUUUCUUGGCUGCUGUCAUCCUUGGAAAACAAAUCCUCCUCCGACUUUGCACCUUUGCCACCCUUGGGGGCUGAAAUGGUUUUGCCCCAACAAUCUUAACUGCGAACUAACAUGAGCCUGACAUUGAAAAGAAUUUAUUUUCAGGUUAUUUGAGAUCUUGAUAUGCAGGGAAAGGAGGGUGCACUGAGAAGAGCACUGCAGAAAUACCUCAGGGAUUAUUACUCCAGACAGACUGUUCAUUGGCGAAGGAUAAAAGCUGAAUGUGGAAAAUUAAAAGGCUGCAAACACCACGGUGUAUUUUGGAUUUGCUGUCGAGUGAGAUACAUGGGACUGCAGCACCUCUCACUGUUUAGGGCAUGCAAAGGCAGGGAUUGAUUACCUGAUCAUUGUAAAACAAUAAUAAUAAUUACUUCAAACAAAGUAGUGCUGAAGAAUUUAAUGGAGACUGUGCACUUUUGCACUCUCAAAAACUUGGUGAGACCAGACACCUUGAAAAGAAAGGGGAAAAAACCUGAGAAAGGUAAAAAAAAGCCAUGAAUUUCAACUGUAUCUGACUGAUAAAUACUGAGAAGUAAAUCCCUAUAAAGGAACAGGCUUAAAAUUCUCAUAACGAGUAGUGAGAAGCUGCAGGUUUUAAAGCCCAGAAAAUAAAUCAGGUUCUUUACAUCCUAAAGACAAUGUCUGUGAAUGUCUUGCUUUUGUCCCUGAUGAAUUAUGGCUUGUGGUGUUUACCCUGUUAAACUUUAAAGCAGCGGUGGUGCUUUAAAGGCUGGAGACUGGUUUUAACGGUGGAAAAUAAGAAUAAAGCGUCAGUGAUGUUACUA